UAAUGCCCAGCGGCCCGCCCGGUCCCGGUCGUCUUCGGAUGUGACGGCUGAGACAUGAGAUCUUCAGCCUCCAGGCUCUCCAGUUUUUCCUCGCGAGAUUCGCUAUGGAAUCGGAUGCCGGACCAGAUCUCCGUGUCCGAGUUCAUCGCCGAGACCACCGAGGACUACAACUCGCCCACCACGUCCAGCUUCACCACGCGGCUGCACAACUGCAGGAACACCGUCACGCUGCUGGAGGAGGCUCUAGACCAAGAUAGAACAGCCCUACAGAAAGUGAAGAAAUCUGUGAAAGCAAUAUAUAAUUCUGGUCAAGACCAUGUACAAAAUGAAGAAAACUAUGCACAAGUCCUGGAUAAGUUUGGGAGUAAUUUUUUAAGUCGAGACAACCCUGACCUUGGCACUGCUUUUGUCAAGUUUUCUACUCUUACAAAGGAGCUGUCCACACUGCUGAAAAAUCUGCUGCAGGGUCUGAGCCACAAUGUGGUCUUCACCUUGGAUUCCCUGUUAAAAGGAGACCUAAAGGGAGUCAAAGGGGAUCUCAAGAAGCCAUUUGACAAAGCCUGGAAAGAUUAUGAGACAAAGUUUACAAAAAUCGAGAAGGAGAAAAGAGAGCACGCAAAGCAGCAUGGGAUGAUCCGCACCGAGAUAACGGGAGCCGAGAUUGCGGAAGAGAUGGAGAAGGAGCGGCGCCUCUUCCAGCUGCAGAUGUGUGAGUAUCUUAUUAAAGUGAAUGAAAUCAAGACCAAAAAGGGGGUGGAUCUGCUGCAGAACCUUAUCAAGUAUUAUCACGCACAGUGCAAUUUCUUUCAAGAUGGCUUGAAAACAGCUGAUAAACUGAAACAGUACAUUGAAAAGCUGGCUGCUGACUUGUAUAAUAUAAAACAGACCCAGGAUGAAGAAAAGAAACAGCUAACUGCACUUCGAGACUUAAUAAAGUCGUCCCUGCAGCUUGAUCAGAAAGAAGUAGGUGGUUUAUAUGUUCCCAGCAGGGCCAACAGUUCUAGGAGAGACUCUCAGAGCCGGCAAGGUGGGUACAGCAUGCAUCAGCUCCAGGGCAAUAAGGAAUAUGGCAGUGAAAAGAAGGGGUACCUGCUAAAGAAAAGUGACGGGAUCCGGAAAGUGUGGCAGAGAAGGAAGUGUGCUGUCAAGAACGGGAUCCUGACCAUCUCCCACGCGACAUCUAACAGGCAGCCCGCUAAGUUGAACCUUCUCACCUGCCAGGUGAAACCAAAUGCUGAGGAUAAGAAGUCUUUUGACCUGAUAUCACAUAAUAGGACAUAUCACUUUCAAGCAGAAGAUGAGCAGGAUUACGUCGCGUGGAUAUCAGUGUUGACGAAUAGCAAAGAGGAGGCCCUGACCAUGGCCUUCCGUGGCGAGCAGAGCACAGGAGAAAACAGCUUGGAGGAUCUGACGAAAGCCAUCAUCGAAGAUGUCCAGCGACUCCCUGGGAAUGAUGUGUGCUGUGACUGUGGCUCUUCAGAACCCACGUGGCUUUCAACCAAUCUGGGUAUUUUGACCUGUAUAGAAUGUUCCGGAAUCCAUAGAGAAAUGGGGGUUCAUAUUUCUCGAAUUCAGUCUUUGGAAUUAGACAAAUUAGGAACUUCUGAACUCUUGCUGGCCAAGAAUGUAGGAAACAAUAGUUUUAAUGAUAUUAUGGAAGCAAACUUACCCAGCCCUUCACCAAAACCUACUCCUUCAAGUGAUAUGACUGUCCGAAAAGAGUACAUCACUGCGAAGUAUGUGGACCACAGGUUCUCAAGGAAAACCUGCUCCUCUUCAUCAGCGAAGCUCAAUGAAUUGCUCGAGGCCGUCAAGUCCAGGGAUUUACUUGCACUAAUACAAGUCUAUGCAGAGGGCGUGGAGCUAAUGGAGCCGCUGCUGGAACCUGGACAGGAGCUCGGGGAGACCGCUCUGCAUCUUGCUGUCCGAACCGCAGACCACACAUCUCUCCAUUUGGUUGACUUCCUUGUACAAAACUGUGGGAACCUGGAUAAGCAGACGUCGGUGGGCAAUACCGCGCUGCACUACUGCAGCAUGCACAGCAAGCCUGAGUGUCUGAAGCUGCUGCUCAGAAGCAAGCCCACCGUGGGCAUCGUUAACCAAAACGGGGAAACGGCCUUGGACAUAGCAAAGAGACUAAAAGCUACCCAGUGUGAAGAUCUGCUUUCCCAAGCUAAAUCUGGAAAGUUCAACCCACACGUUCACGUAGAAUAUGAGUGGAAUCUUCGACAGGAGGAGAUGGAUGAAAGUGACGACGAUCUGGAUGACAAACCAAGCCCCGUCAAGAAAGAGCGCUCGCCCAGACCCCAGAGCUUUUGCCACUCCUCCAGCAUCUCGCCGCAGGACAAGCUGUCGCUGCCGGGGUUCGGCACUCCGCGGGACAAGCAGCGGCUCUCCUACGGCGCCUUCACCAACCAGAUCUUCGUCUCCACAAGUACAGACUCGCCUACAUCGCCCACCACAGAGGCGCCCCCACUGCCUCCCAGGAACGCUGGGAAAGGUCCUCCUGGCCCACCUUCAACACUCCCUCUAAGCACCCAGACCUCUAGUGGCAGCUCCACCCUGUCCAAGAAGAGGCCUCCUCCCCCACCACCCGGACACAAGAGAACCCUGUCUGACCCUCCCAGCCCACUACCUCAUGGGCCCCAAAACAAAGGCGCAAUUCCUUGGGGUAAUGACAUAGGCCCUUCAUCUUCGAGUAAGGCUGCAAACAAGUUUGAGGGGUUGUCUCAGCAGGCGAGCACCAGUUCUGCAAAGACUGCCCUUGGCCCAAGAGUGCUUCCUAAACUACCUCAGAAAGUGGCGCUAAGGAAAACAGAAACAAGCCAUCAUCUCUCCCUAGACAAAACUAACGCCCCACCUGAGACUUUUCAGAAAUCAUCACAGCUAGCAGAGUUACCCCAAAAGCCACCACCCGGAGACCUGCCCCCAAAACCCACCGAACUGGCCCCAAAGCCCCAAAUUGGAGAUUUGCCACCUAAGCCUGGAGAACUGCCCCCCAAGCCCCAGGACUUGCCCCCCAAGCCACAGCUGUCAGACUUGCCUCCCAAGCCGCAGAUGAAGGACUUGCCUCCCAAACCCCAACUGGGAGACCUGCUGGCAAAGUCCCAGGCUGGGGAGGUCUCGCCCAAGGCUCAGCCCACCUCAGAGGUCACACAGAAGUCAUACCCAGGGGACCUCUCCCCAAAUGUGCAGUCCAGAGAUGCCAUCCAGAAGCAAGCGUCUGAGGACUCCAACGACUUCACACCCCCGCUGCCAGAGACCCCCGUUCCACUGCCCAGAAAAAUGAAUACGGGGAAGAAUAAAGUGAGGCGUGUGAAGACGAUAUACGACUGCCAGGCUGACAAUGACGACGAGCUCACGUUCACGGAGGGAGAAGUGAUCGUUGUCACAGGGGAAGAGGACCAGGAGUGGUGGAUUGGGCACAUCGAGGGACAGCCUGAAAGGAAGGGCGUCUUCCCAGUGUCCUUUGUCCACAUCCUGUCUGACUAGUGAGGGCGGCCAUCAGACUGUCUGCGCCCUUCACGCAGACCGCGCCUCCACGUGCACUCCGUGUAUACAGCUGCUGCUCCCGAGCAGGCCACUCAGGAGGGAAUCUAGUAUGUGUUGUAAAUAUCCUGUGGUCUUCUGCCCUCGCCAGUAUUAGGGUAGCCUUGGGACCCGGCGCGCCUUACUGGUCUGCCAAAGCCACCCAUGGCAUCUAGCACUUACCGCUCUAUCUAUGCUAUUUUACAAGCAAACAGAACAGGUGGAUAGGAACUGCUGGCUUUGCAAGCAGCCGCUGGAGGGCACAGAACUGACUGUCCUGACAGUGCAGUAUUCCCAAUAGUGUUACUGAAGAUGCACAGCAGAGGCGGGUUCUGCUCUCCGUGUGGAACUUGUAGCUAGCUCCAUGGCAGACCAGCCUGCAGGUGUCUGUGUGCACAGUUUACAGCUACGGAACCUUCUUUGGUAUUUAUUACAGAAAAGUGCUCAGUUUAAUGUAAGUGUGACUCCUUCAGCAAAUACUCACCCACCCAAAACUCUGUGGCAUUUUACAAUGCUCACGGCUUCAUGCAAGCUUAGGCAAGUGGAUCUGUCCUAUCUUAUGAGUGCCCGCCCCUGAGAUAUUACCUCAUUAUGCAAAAAUAACAUAUCCUUCCUGACUUCUGAUAAGUUUAAAACCACGUCUGAUGAAGUUCAACUUUCAGGAACCAAGGACCACCAGAACAUAUUUGCCUCUACGUUAUGCAUGCGUCUAGAAGCUUACCUGAAUACUGCCUUUUAUAAAGGAAUAAACAGUAUGAAUAAGUGAACUGUACAUUUUUUAAACUUGGUUGCCAUUAAAGCAGAAAUUAUAAGGUUGCAACAAUA